AUGGUCUCCUACAGCAAGAUGAGCCCCGGUCGGCCGGCGGCUCUGCUGGCCCUGCUGCUGAUGGCCCUCAUCAGCACGGCGCACGCCUUCACCUGCCCGAUCCUCUUCUCCCUGCGCCAGUCGGCCAUCGACUCCAACAACCCCAAGAGCGUGCUCGGCUACAACGGCGCCAUCAAGGCCCUGGGCUGCUGCAACUCCGGGCACUCCUGGAAGGCCCCCCACUGCCAGGCCAACAGCGGCCCGGUGUGCGGCUACGACUUCGAGACCUACCCGAAUGCCUGCGACCUGGGCGCCUGCCGGUCCGGUGUCCAGUUCACCGGCGCCUGCAAGCCCCAGCCCCAUGUGCUGGACUGCGGCCCGGUGUGCGGCUACGACUUCGAGACCUACCCGAAUGCCUGCGACCUGGGCGCCUGCCGGUCCGGUGUCCAGUUCACCGGCGCCUGCAAGCCCCAGCCCCAUGUGCUGGACUGCUACAUGGUCCCGCUGGACCAGAUGGCCCAGCGGGCGGCCUGCUUCCAGGCGGCCCUCAUGCGCAUCAUCCAGAGCGUGGACCUCAACAACACGCCGCCGGAUCCGGAAUGGCGCCUGGCCCAGCCCUGCGUCGUCCCCGGCCAGUAUGACCUGACCCAGUGGCGCACGGCCGAUGGCCGGUGCAACAACCCCACCCCGGAGCGCUCGUACUCCGGCAUGACCGGGCUCUACUUCAUUCGCCACGACAAGACCCGGUUCAUGCCGGCCAACGUGGACCUGGCCGUGGCGUCCGGGCCCAACCCCCGGCUGGUGAGCAACCUGCUCUUCAAGCGCAAGACCUUCACCCCCAACCCGGUGGGCCUCAGCGGCCUGGCCAUGGCCUUCUUGAACUUCUUCAUCCACGACUUCUUCCUGCCGGAGGUCGACUGGGCCGACAUGCUGGCCAUCCCCAUCCCGCCCAAUGACCCGGUGUACCCCUACAGCGAGUGGUCCGGCGAGGAGCACUACAUGUACCUGCCCAAGACCCGGGUCCAUGCCGAUGGCACCGUCCGCAACCAGGUGACCGCCUGGUUCGAUGGGUCCCAGGUGUAUGGCUCGACCCAGUCUCGCAUGGACUCCCUGCGUACCUUCCAGGGGGGCCGGAUGCUGGCAGAUCGGAAGAGCGUCGUGGCACUACAUGUGACCGCCUGGUUCGAUGGGUCCCAGGUGUAUGGCUCGACCCAGUCUCGCAUGGACUCCCUGCGUACCUUCCAGGGGGGCCGGAUGCUGGCCGACCCGGUGACCGGCUUCGCGCCGGACGAGCCGGCCUCCGGCAACCGCCGCCGGCGCAACCCCAACCACCCGGCCCUCUUCCUGCUGGGUGACGACCGUGGCAACCAGCAUGCCGGUCUGACGGCCAUGCACCUGCUCUUCGUCAAUGAGCACAACAAUGUGGCCGCCAUGCUGGAAGCCGCCUAUCCCCACCUGUCGGAUGAGGAGCUCUUCCAGCGGGCGCGCCUCAUCGUCGGUGCGGAGCUCUUCAAGAUCCAGACCAUCGAGAUGUCCACCCAGCUGGUGGCCGACAUCCCGUCGCAGCUGCUGGUGGCCUCCCUCUGGAGCGGCUACGCCACCAAGGAGUACAAUGAGCUGGCCAUCCAUGCCACCCCCUUCGACUUCAAUGCCGCCUACCGGUUCCAUGCCAUGGUGCCGGAGACCCUGCAGCUGCGCGACCGCAAUGGCACCCCCCUCGGCGACCGGGUCAACUACAUCGACACCUUCCACAACACCACCCUCCUUCGGCAGUAUGGCUAUGGCCCGGUGCUCAUCGGUCUGGCCUCCGAGGUGGCCGGCAAGCUGACCUUCAACAAUGUGCCGGAUGCCAUCCGCAACAUCCGCCACACGGAUGUCACCUACUCCCGGUCGACCCCCUUCGGCGGGUACUUCGGCCCGAGCCUCGGCUCCAGCUCCAGGUCCAAGUGCGUGGUCCAGCCCUUCCUGGACAUCGGCACCGUGGAUGUGGUCCGUGAUCGCGAGCGCGGCGUGCCCCGUGCCAAUGACUACUACGCCCGCAUCGGCCUGCCGGAGCUUCGCGCCACGCACUUCGGCCAGAUUGCCCCCACCCCGGAGGGGGCCCGCGCCGUGGCCGACCUCUACGACUGGGACAUCAACAAUGUGGACUUCAUUGUCGGCCUGCUGGGCUUCGACUCCACCGAGCUCGAUGGCAUUCCCAUCAUCUCCACGGCCGGCUUCCUGCCCUUCGUCUACUCGCGCAACACCCACGAUCGCUUCUACACCAAGGACUGGCUCACCCCCAGCGUCUACACCCAGGCCGGCUUCGAUCGCCUCAUGGGUACCUCCACCAACCCCGGCGGUGUCACCCUCGCCCAGAUCAUGGUCGAGGCUGGCGUCCUCGACCAGGCCCCGGCCAACAACGGUGUCCACUUUGCCACCCGCCUGCCCGGGCUCGAGGUGUUCAAGGUCUGGAAGUGGGACUAA